AUGAAAAAGCUUGCUAUUGCGAGUGGAACGGCGGCGUUCCUCCUGCCAGCCUUGACAGUUGCCGUCCAAGUCAGAUCGCCGCUUUCAAGAGGUAGGCGUGUCUUACUAGAUUUAGUUUAGUACCUCCAUGUCCAUGUUGAGCUGUGUGGCUGUGAGUGUGGCAUUCAUUGCGUAACAUUAUUCACGCUUCUGAUUCCAGCGAGUUUUUGACACCGUUUCAUAGAACGACUCCACGACCACCCAGCACACUUGUUACAACGAACACUCCCCCACUUACCAACCUUGUUCAGAUGGGGUUCUAGUGCUGGACAAAGAUUCGGUGAGCUUCAGAGCGAAACGCUGCGCAACUUUUAGCGCAGAAUCCAGGAAAAACGUGCGAAUCGGGAAGAAUAGCCGCGUGCAAGCGAACGCCGAGGUGGUCAAGCAUCCAUCUUCUCUGAUUUUACAGGGUCGCGGAUGCAAUGAACAUGCUUCGCAGAAGAGAAAAGGGGGUGGUAAAGAUAUUCCAUUUCCAUUGGUGAUGUUCAUGUUGUCCUUUCUCCGAUUUGCAUCUUGCGACGCAGACAAAAGAUUGUAGAUCAUUCAAAGCUGCUGCUUUUUGUGUUAUGGAGGUUUGGAUUUCAAGAAUUGCAUCCAGGCAUUUUUGUUUGAUGCACACCAGCACUCUCCGUCCCAACCACUCCCACUCACACCACAGACCUUCGCGUGGAAGGACAUCGAAUUUUGCAAGGAUGCGCUCAGAUCGAGCGCGUGAGCAGGGCAACUUCCGAGUCAAGACCUUUGUUAGGGUCACAACAGGACAAACACGUCGUCUACGACGACCACACCAUCUCGCUCGACAACUGCCAUGAUGACCAGCAACAACUAGGCUUACUGGAACUUCUAGCAUCCGACAGACGGGCGACUGAAACUUCAAAUAGGAGGCAGCAGCAGCAGCAGCAGCAGAACUUAGCAUUUCCGCUCACUCUCUCGUAUCUUCAGACAGCGCAAUCGCCCACUCCUCCCGAGCGCGACGAUGUGUCGGCAGUCACAGCGGUACUAAUACUAUUGCAACCCCGGUGACUUUUUUCCAGAAUUUGAUUGUACAAUCCAGGUUGCUGCUUAAGAAGUAGAUGGAAUACAUUACACUACAAGUUGAAGCUGUCUGUCAUCCUCGAAGAACUACUGAACCAGCAUUGGGACUCUUGUUCACAUCGUCAGAAGGAGCGGAACAACAGUCACACACCCAUGAUAAUAAAGUACCAAACUACAACCAGGUGGUUUUCCAAGCCAGUGGUUGCAAAGACUUUGUGACGAGCGUUGGGGGAGUUACUUCGCGUGUUGCAGAUCUCGGCAACGCGACCGUAUCCGUGACGAACUGCGGUCGCACAGGCCAUACGAUGAGUGGCGCGGGAAUCCUUGUGUCCGGUGAGGAGUGCGAGGCGAUUGAGCUGCGUACUCCUCUGAAAGCGAACGUCAAAACAGAGGGAAACUUUACGCUCACAGAUUGUCAGCGGACAUCUGUCCUGCAGGGACCGCUCGCAGUAGACGUGUCCGGUCCGACCAAAACAGCAGCCUCUUCUGCCAGAACAAGUAGUGCGCUUAGUUCCGGUGCUUCUUCCUUGCUGAAGAAAUCAGGCGUUCCGAGCGCAGCAGCUAGGAAACGAGAUGAAAAUGUUGAAGAUCCUGUUCGUGUUACGGAUGCCGUAGCGUUUGGUGGCGCUGGUGGUCCGCUGCAGUUCGCGGUCAGUUUGCAGACGAACGGCGCAAAAAACGCAGUCAAGAAUUUCGCAAAAAAAGAGUUCGCAGUCUCCGACACCGUUGCUGCGAAACACAUUUUUGAGAUGAAUUCUGAAGCCGCAUCGAUUGCGAAGCAAGAAAAUAGCCAAGUACAGGAGGCAGCAUCUUCUACGAGUAGAGGACAAGACUCAGCUAGCACUCCGGAGGAUCUGAGCGCACUUGCUGCUGCGGAUCCCACCUUUGGCGCUCCCGCCGCUCCGAACCCGGAACUGUUCGUCCAAGGCGGAGUGUCUCCAUCAGUUUCUGGCCAGCUAGUAGAGGAUCCUACGACACUGUCGGAAGACCAGCACACUGCCGGUUCUCUUUCAGGAGUCGCUACUAGCAAAGAGAAGUCUUCGCUUCCAGUAGAAGAGGACGACCACAAGAAGAGCGAAGAUAAAACAAUAAUCACUACGCAUGAGUUUGAUCCUUCGUCUGCUGCAUCUGGUGCUGUCGGGAAUGCGCAAGUAGAUGCAGACAAGGAGAGCAACGAAAAGGCAGCUUUUGACCUUGCGGACACGAGCAAAAUGCUGGCAGCCGAAGCUGAAAAUGCGGAGAAGGAGCUGGCAGCUGUAAUAGCGGAUGCAGCAGCAGGAAAAGUAGGAACCUCCGCAGGCGUGGGUCUAAUGGGUCUCAAUCCCAGCGGAGGCAACGCCGACCUCAUGGCUCAACAAGUGCAGGAGGAAACGCAAAAAAGCGACAAGGCAGAGGUAGCUGCACAGGAGGAUAAGAAGGUUGUCGACGAUGAGCUGUCGAAGCAGAGUUUCGGUGUUUUAGACCAUCCAGCAGAUGCGCCUAAUAAUCCUAAACCACAGGACCAGUAUUUUAGCUCUGGUUCAGCAACAUCCACUGCGUCAGUUCGAAAUGCUGCCCACGGACAUGCGUCGCGUCGCGCGACGAGGAAGCAUAAACAGAGACCUGUUAGUACUUCUCAUGAAACCCCAGAAACGAAUCAGAAGGAGAAAACAGCUGCAGACAUGAUCGCAAGCGGUGAGCUAGAAGGCGCUGCUGGUGGCGUUUCCUUAGAUGAGGUCCAAUCAUCUUCUACUUCCUUGUCACAGGAGAAGGAGAGCAAAGGCGAGGCCGCCUCCGCAGGAAUAGCAGAUGAUGCUACAUCGUUGAGGAAACGGGAGAAUUCUAGUAGAUCCUUGGUUGCUAUUACUAGUGGCAGCAAAAGUAGCAUUGGUGCAACUGGUAACGCGGCAGCACGACGAAAAGCUAUUAAGCAAGAUGAGCUCGGUCGUAAAAAGGACCAGUCACCAUCUAGUAAGCGUCUCGCAUCGAGGAGGGCAGUGACCGGUGCAAGCGGGCACGCAUCGUCAAGGAGACACGCUUCGAAGAAGAGUGCCGCUGUUCGAAAGACGCCAGCUCCGUCUUCGCGACCAGUUUUGCUCGAAGGAGGUGUACCGUCUAGCGGAGCGGACGAUUUAGAUGAAGAAGAUAUAGUGGAGCCGGAGUCGCUAUCUGACGCCAACUAUGACGGCUGGGAGGAUGAUGUUGCAGUAGAAGAAUUCGCCCAGCACACUUCUGGUUCUGAGAUGAGCUCAGGAGAACAAUCGUCAAAGAAGUCUCUUCGGGACAAAGAUCCGACCCCAGUGGCCAGGGAAACCGGCGCCAGCCUGCAGAAGGAAGAUGAUGUUGAAGACGCUCAACAAGUGGAGAAGCAAACUGAUCACGAGCAGGCCGACACCAACGAUGCAGGUGACGAAACAGAGACAGACGAAGAAAAGGAAGGUACUUCUUUGAAGUUGAAGUCUUCGUAGGUGGCUUAUUGGAGUUGAACUCGAGGAUAAUUGCUAGUUCUUGGUACUCAUACAACAAGUAGUCGCUAGCGCAGGAUUGUUUAGAGUUCAUCUACUUCUUUACCCUUGUGUGUCGAUUUUGUAUUUCUUGUACUAGAUGACUACUCACGUCAACUCUUAGAACGCACUGCCACUUCCUGUUCAUCAUAUUCACCGUUCCUCAUCCUCUUAGUCUCGUCUGCCUUAACGUUUUUGCAAGUUUCGUCAGUGGACUGGUCAGAAUUCCCAGAUGAUCUUAGCGACGCUGAGCGUUCUUCGCUGACCUCACUGUUACAAGCCGAUGCGCAGCCUGCACUCACCGCGGCAGACGUCGACAUGUACAGACAUGACUGAUGAGCAUCAUACUGAACACAUACUUACACGAGUUGGUUCAUAAUCAUAUUCAUCUGAACAACAAAAAUUAUAACACAUCCGCGACAAUAUCAAUAAAUUUAGAGACAAAAGUACUAGUGAGUAGUUGUAGUAAGUUCUAGUUGCUAAAGAUAAGUCAUGAUGAAAAGAUUUACGGCAGGUCAAGGUUUCGCAAUUUUACCCGUCGCACAGAGAUAGAAUACAGUAAGUGAGUAGCAUGAGGAACGGAAAGAGUCCAUUUUCGUUAGAAAAUCGCGGAAACAUUUUUGUACAGCGUAUCGAACGUAACGCUCUUCACCUCCCUUCGAACGCACAUUAUAGGAAAUGAAGCAGUCGCUGCAUGCAAAUGCAAGUCUUAGACUACUUCACAACAUUGGAAAUAGAAGAGAGCAUGAUUGUCCAGCCAGAAGUUGUAACAUACAACGAUCUCGGUCUACGCCUUUAGAUGGAUCACGCGGCGGAGAACUACUUCAACACAACUAGUACACAGCAUUAUCACUAGUUUUUAAAAAAUGCUAGUUUUUCGAAGAACCAGGUUAGAAAGCAUGUUCGUGUUCGCACCUGUAAUUGCUACCAUUGGGUACACAACGUAAGCGUAUUGCAAUCUUUAUUUUUAGACCAUUUCGCAUUCAGCAGCUGUGGCGGCUGUUUUUGAUUGACUUUUGUAUUGCGUCUAAAUCUAUCUUCUCUAUUUCGUGAACCAAUAUUCUUGUCCUGACUGUGAUGUUUUCACUCAAUGACUCUUAUGCUUACCGAGUCUGAUUACCUCCUUCUCCAUCUUCCAGUUUUUUUUCAAUUCUCAUUUGGACUAUCUAGCAUAAUAACCAUCGAUCUAGAAAAAUCAUGACUUCGUCGUUCACGAUGGUCAUCAUGCUUGCCCACACCACCACUCCAGCGCGUCGUCGGCCGGUAGGAGAACCGCCCAAAGUGACGUUGUCGAACUCGUUGGGUUUGGAAACGACAACGACAACGAGCUGAAUGGGGGUGAUGACGUAGCAGAGGCGAGGAGCCAAGGUCAACAAAGACCCCGUGGACAAGGUCGCGGUUCUAUUCUUUUGGAAAUCGAGCAGAUUGCAGCCGCGGGACCCGAGGACGGCUCUCAAGGGGACCGCGAUGGCAACGUCGAGCUUGCAGGUCUGCAGCUGGAGGAGGGUGACGAUAAAGACGACUUCAGUGCCGAAAGGGAAGAAAACGCAGGAGAUGAACUUCCUUCAUCAUCGCCAGCAUCUCGCCAGACGGCUCAACGCUUUUCUGUUUUGCAGGCUUCGCUUUCAGCCAGCACGACCGGUGAAACAUCAAACGCGAAGCAGACUGUGCAAAGCACUGGCCAGGAGCGAGUAGGCCAGCAUCGUGAAGCAGGCAAGGGCAAGAAAGCCACGAAAGCCGAAGCAAGCAGAAGCACUCAUGGCAAAAAUAAAAAAAUUGCUUUGGCUACGGGCGGGAAGACGUCUCGCAAACGAGGAAG